ACCGUGCCCGCCAGCCACCGGUAAACGAACUCGUGUGUUGUCGAUCAUGAAACAUACGCGUCUCGCUCUCUACCGGUGUAAUUCUGUACCGAGUGUUAAUACAAACAAAGAACGUGUCCAAAGCACGUCCAAGGUGUACGGACUGGAAAAUGUAAAAAAAAAAAAAACAUAUCACCGAAGGGUGUUGUUUACCGUUUAGCAGCUAUCGUAUUUUUCCUUUAGGCCGGGCGUAUGUUGGCAAAGUUUAAUUACUGAUUUUCUCCUGUUCGUUUGUUCCGGUCUGAACCGCGAGUGUCGUGUAACUGUACAGUCGUUCUAUAAUCGAAUAUAUUUGCGGCCUAUUGUGCUACGAGUGCAUACCACCGGGUUACCGUGCGUAAAAUGUCACACGGCUCUGCGAUUUUACGAUCCGACUAAGCGCAUCAGCCAUUUUGUUUGUGUUAACAUCGUUUUUGGCCGCCGAGUCCGACGAGGAACCUUGCAAAUUAUUCUUUGCCCCGAAACAAUCUUGAUGUACCAUACCAGAAACACAAUCCUCUACGUCGGGAUUACAUAACAUUUAGUGAGUACACCGUAAUAAUGUGUCCAUCUCAAUAUUGCGUACAUACUCGUUUGUCGCGCGCAUUUUAUUCGGCUGGACAGUGGUACUCUUAAUUCUGCAUCGUUAUAGUCAACAAUAUUUGUUAACUACUGAAUCGUUGUCAAAGGCAUUUCCAUUGACCAAGACAAUGCCCGCUUAGAAACUGGCUUGCAUUUUGUUUGCCCUUGUCGGACAGCAUUCCCCUACCGAAUAGUCAUGAUCAUCCCUUUGCCAUUUCCCUAUUUUAUUUUUUCCUAGUUUAAAAUAAAGGGCUAAAGUGAUUUUUGCUCUUGAAUUAAUAAUAGAUUUAGAAAAAUAUUGACCUAAGUAAAGGUAGAAUACAUAUUAUUGACUAUAUUAAAGUACAAGUUAUGAUAUUUUUUUUUAAAAUUUGGCUUCUCUGAUAAAAUGAUUUUAAAAAUAUGGGAAAUACCUAUGUUUGCGAAUAACAAAAUGAUGAUGUCCAGUCGUUUUUGGUUGUGUGUAUUUAUUUUCAUUUAAGAAUAUCUAUCACAUUUUGCUGUUCAUAUAAAUUAAAAUAUGAAUACGUAGGUGCUUACCUACAUACUUUUAUUUUUACACUAGAUAAGUAUUUCAAUAUAUAUAUUAAGAAAAAAGGAUUAAGGUAUUGUGCGUAUUAUGUAGGUACAUACAAUUUCUGAUAAUAUUUAUUUUAAAAAUAAGCUCAACAUAGCGACCCAGGUAGUUACUAUAUUUAAUAUUCAUUAACCAUAAAUUAGUUUUAUUAGAAUAAUAUAAAUAGGUAUUUCCAAAAUAAAUUGUAGAUAAUUCUUAGUUAUCAAAGAGAUAAUGUUAAUUGUCAUUUAUGAAUAUUAUGAAUUCUAUAUUAAGUACUUAAUGUUUAAUAUUAUUAUAACAAUAUAUUUAGUAUACAGAAUUUAUAGACGAACGUACUCAAUAAUAGUAUAACACUAUAUGAUUUUAAUGUUGAGAUAUUAUAUCUGUGUGUCAAUAGUAUGUAUUCUACAUCAUUGUUUCCCAACUGGUAAUCCGUGUCAAUUGUAUGAGAUUACGAAAUCAAAAUUCAAUUUGAAGAAAAAAAGUUUAUUUUGUUUGAUAAUUUCUCUGCCUAUUUAAUUCAUUUAUUAAUUAUAUAACUUUAACUGCAAUUUUAGUUAGUUUUCAAAUUACCAGUGCCUUAAUUUAUUAUGUGAUAAAUUAGUAAUAUUUAAUACCUACUUAUAAUUUUGUAUAAAUUCAAUACAAAAUAUUUUGAUUUUAUAUUACGGUUGUAUUAGGUAAAUAUAAUAUUAUCCUAGUUUGUACUUCAUAUAAAGAUAGCUACUGAUUUUAAAAUAAUUAGUAAUUAUAAAUAGUUAGGUACCUACCUAAUUGUGGGAUUUUUUCUUAAAAUAAUAAUAAACAUACAAUAGUUUUGAACUGUAUUAUGAAAUUCAAAGUUUUACUAUCAAUUUCUUUCUAUAUAAAUAAUAAUAUGGGUAAUUUUACUUUUCAAAACUUAUAUUUAAGUAUUGAUAAAAAUCUUUUUGGGAAUUGCCAAUUUAAGGUUUUUUAUCACAAUAUAUCAAUUAUAAAUUUGGGAAUAUUAAUUUAUUAUUAAAAUAUGUGUCACUCUAUAGCUACUAGCACUAAGCCUAACAAAAAUACUAGUUUUUUAUAAAUAUUUAUUUAUAAUUAGCCAGGUUAGGUACUAAUAUCAUUUAUGGCGAUUUUCAAAACAAAUAAUUAUAAUAAUAGAUACUGUGGUACCUACCUUAUUUUAAACCUAUACAAUAUAUAAUAAAUAUAUUUUAAAUUGAGUACAAUUUUCGUAUCUUACAAAGGUGAUUGAAAAAGCAAAAAAAAAUAGACUCAAAAUUACACUUUUAAUUCCCUUAUUACAUUUAAAAAUAUAUUUACCUCUGGAAGAGGAGGUCAUAUAAUUCUACAGGUUGAGAGAACUUACGGUCCCUAGCAUAUACUGUUGGAAAGUCCGGGUGGGUGAUUCCAGUAGACAUAUGGUAUUGUUUCUGUAGACGAAAGAAUUGACUUGUAUAAUUGACAAUAUCAUUUUCCCUGUGGGAGGCGAUCAGAAUACUACCACAGUACCUGUCUUUAAGAGAUGACACAUGAGACUUAGUUGACAGCCCGUGUGAAAUACUAUCAAACAGUAUGAGGAGUUCUAAAGGAGACUUUGGCUGAUUCUCCUAAUAAAAAUAUAUAUAUUGAAGGUUAGGUUAGAUUUUUUUGUUUAAUUUAUCUAACUUUUGUUUAAGUAUCUAUGUCUUGUUUAUUAUGUAGUUAUGCAAUGAAUGACUAAAUAUUAUGUUUAAUAAUUUAUUUAUUUAUUUAUACGAAAUAAACUCAAGUUUACAAGAUAUGCAUUUAUCAAUAUCAGAAAUUGAAUAAUUAGUUAAAUGUUAGUACUUAUUUUAAACUUAAUCAAUAACUUAUAUUGAGAAAAAAAAUAAAUAAUGGCAAUCGGGCAUAUAAUAUAUAACAAAUAUAAGUUAUAGUAAUAUAGGUAGAUAGUAUUGAUAGUCUGUAUUAUUUAAUUCAUAUACUUAACAUUUAUUAUUAAUAUAGACCUAUACUUUAUAAUAUCUCUUUUAUUUAAAUUUUUAGGAAAGGAUAAAAUGGUGUUAGUGGUCGGGGCUCGCGGUCCUGGGCACGGAUGGCGGCCCCAAUGAGAGAGGAGCUGGGUGGGGCGGUGGCGGCGUCCACAGAUAGUGUUGGAAGUGGCAAUGGCAACAACAACAAUGCGAGCAGUAAUGCAAAUUUUGAGUACGACGAUAAUGAAUGGGAUAUCGGUAUAGGUGAUUUAAUUAUCGACUUAGACGCUGACAUUGAAAAAACCGGUUCAACAUCGACCACAUCAACUAGUGAAGCCCUUGGUGUUACCAAUAGUGCGGCGACAACGGUUGGUUUAACGGCUGGUAGUGGAGCCAUGUCAGGAGCAGCUGCCACUGCACCUACAGCCACUACAGCUGGCAGCAAUAAAGCUACUGUUGAGCAUUCAGCUACUGUUGAUAAAGGAUUAAAAAUGAAAAUCAAACGAACAAAGACAGGAACUAAGAGCUUUGAAGCUAAACAUGAAAUCGUCAAACCUGGCGAACAAAAUGGGUCUUUAGCUUCCACUCAAUCUCAGUCAAGUGGCAGCGCCUCUUCAAAUGACUCAUCUGGAUCUUCUGUCGAAUCUAAACAAACUGGUAAGUCAAUUUUUUCAAAACUUCAAUAACCAUUUAAAAUUUGAGUUAAAUAUAUAAAAUAAUUUUGGUUUAGGUAAACAUUCCAGUACAUCUAGUACCAUUUGUACUACUCCUUCAACUACUACUACUUCGACUGUAAGUUCUGUAAAACGUGGAUCUAGCAGUCAUCGGAGAGAUAAAACUAAAGAUAAACAACAUAGUUCAUCUACAAGUGGUGAUAAGUGUCAUAAAGUAAAUUCUAGUUUGUCUUCUGAGCUAAAUGGUCGAGGUCCUGUUAGUCAAUCAGCUCCUAGAACCAGCACUUUCCCAGCUUUAUCAAGCAAUACACAGUCACCUAAUGUACCUGGUCCUGGACCACCAGUUGGAGAAGCAGGAACCUCUACUUCUUCAAGUGUAGCUAAUGGUCCAGAACAAAACUUAUCACCCCCAGUAGUUCCAUUGGAAAAUACCCAAACUACUACAAAGUCUUCUACGGCAUUGUCUACCUUAGCAAAACCACAACAAUCUACCUCCCCACCCCCGACAAACAAAGUAAAGACUGCUAAUAGUUCGACUUCUGCUUCCCUAAUGGAACAAAAGGUAUAUAUAUAUAUAUGUAUAUAUAUAUUAUAUAUAUAAUAUAUAUAUAUAUGUAUAUAUAUAUUAUAUAUAUAAUAUAUUACAAGUUUUGUUAUCUUUGUUUGUUUUAUAGGAAUAGUUGUUUAUAAUUUAACUCUUGUUCAUAAAUAAAACUAUUAUAAAAAUGAUUAUAAUUUUAAGUUUAAAGUAAUUUUAUAAUUUUGUUUCUGAUAUUUAUCAUUGUAAGGAAUAAUGAUUCAUUACAAAAGUUACAUUUGAUUAACUGCUUAUAGAAAAUUAAUAAUUUUAUUUAUUUUAUAUUUUCUUUUUAAUAUUUAGGGGACAGGGCAGGGGUCCCACAAGGAUUCGAUAAAUGCAAUAACUUUUGUUCUAUUCAAUAUUUUUGAUAUACAUUUUUUUUUUUUUUAAUAAUUAGUAUGCCUUAUUGUUACAGUUUAUAUAUGAACAUUUUUUUUUAUGGUGAGGGAGAUUUAAAAUAAACAAAUUUUAAAUUUUACUAUAAUUUUUUUAAAAAGAACAUCAAAAUAGCCAUUUUGUAAAAUAGAUAUUCAGAAUAUUAUUAGAGGUUGAAAUUUUUGUAAAAGAAUGAUCUUUUAUUUUCUAUAAUUUUUUAAAGUUUUUACAAAUGUGAAUAUUACCUAUUGUGGUUAUUCAGUUAUCAGUAAUUAGUCGAGAUUUUGUUUUCCAUGAGUUAAUAUGUAAAUGUUUUAGUUAUUAGGUAGUUUCAAUCAAUCAAUAAUGGUAAUUUAUGUUGAAAAAUUCAUAGAAAAUAAAAGACUAUACUUCAACCAAAGUUUCAAUCACCAAAUAUUUUCUAAAAAUUAUUUUACAAAAUGGCUAUUUUGAAAUUUUUUAAAAAAAUAAUACCAAAAUUUUAAAUCCCUCUCUCCUAAAAAAAAAUGUUCAUAUAAAAACUGUAGCAUUGAAGCAUAUUAAUUAUUUAAAACAAAUGUAUAUCAAAAAUAUUGAAAAGAACAAAAGUUAUUACAUUUGUCGAAUCCUCAGGAGACACUAUAGUGUAUUAUUAUAUAAAUAAUAAUACACUGUAUAGUAUAUUAUUAUAGUGAAUCUGAUAUUUUUAUUCUUGAUUUGAAAAUUUCCAGGAAACAGCUGAUGCCUGUGUUGGUACCAGUAUAAGUAUUGGAACUGUUACAGAACCUGAUUGUUUUGGCCCAUGUGAACCUGGAACACAUGUAAAUUUAGAGGGUAUCGUAUGGAAUGAAAUUGAAGGUAUAUUAAAUAAAGUAAAAUAAGGAUUUGGCAUUUUUUUUUUUUUUUUUUUUAAUUUGAAACAAAGGUAAAGUUUUGAAAGUCAAAAUUAUGUACAAUUGUAAUUAUUGUAGGUGUUCUCGUUGUAAAUGUUACAUGGAGAGGAAAAACAUAUAUAGGAACAUUGUUAGACUGUACUAGACAUGAUUGGGCUCCACCUCGGUAAUUUUGAAAUUAACUAAUAUUUAUUAUGAUUUUAAUUUUAAAUGUAUAUAAAUGUCAUAUUCAGAUUUUCUGAAGCAUCUGCUGGAGAACCAGAAUGUCGAUUACCACAGAAGGGGCGUGGUAAAAGAGGCCGUGCUAGUUUAACUGCUAGUCCUAGUAAUGAUUUGGUAAAUUUUACUGAAACCAGAUCUUCAGUUCAUAGUAAACUUCGAAGUAAUGGAACAAAUAAAUGUAAUAGCAGUAACAAUUCAAGUCGAAGAGGCACAUCAUCACCUACUCCAACAUCAUUUGUUCCACCACGUUCUGAUUCAACAAGCUCUAAUAAAAGAAAGAAACCACCAGGUUCUGAAGAUGAAGCUUCUGUAAAAAAAAUAAAAGCAGAGCCAGCAAGUCCGCCGCCUAUGUCACCUACUAUGUUAGAAUGUCCUGAACCAAAUUGUUCUAAAAAGUAUAAAAAUGCUAAUGGCUUAAGAUAUCAUCAGUCCCAUGCACACGGUGCUGCUUUGGAUGAUGAAGAUGCAGACACUAAAGAAUCAGGUGGAGCAAGCACGUCUGAAAAUGAAGAUGACACUAGUCCUGCUUCAUUGAAUAAUUCAAGUAUUCAAGAAAACCUAAAAGAAGACCAACCUACUACCAAUAUCCAACCUAUUAUUGAACAGCCACAACCUUCUACAACUCCACCAGUAACCGAAUCAGAUCCCCCAGCACCAUUACAGUCACCCCCUCUUUUGGUUGCUAAACCAAGUGUUCUGCGUUUUGGCCUUUCUGGGAAUGAAGAAACCAAUAGUGUUACUUCUUCUUCAACUGCACCUAAAACAGUUCUAACAGUUCCUGUUGUUCAGCCAGCUCCAACUCCCCCACCAUUGUUACAGCCAGCUACUCCAUUGCAAAUAAUUGCUCCUACUUCGCAGUCGCCUCAACCUCAACCUCCAAUUUUACAUGUACAAAGUCCAGCAUCACAACAGUUACCUACACCUCCACAAAUUCAACCUUUAGCAUUAAACCAACCACAAGUCCAAAAAGUACCACAGUUCAAAGUAAAACCAGCUUCUGCUUUAAUGCCAGCUGAAGAUACUAUAAAAAUCAAUAAAGAUAACAAAAAUAAAACCACUACAUCUUCACAUAAAAAGAAAAAUCGUAAAUCACCAGCUAGCAGUCCUAGACCUUUUUCUCUUGAUCAGCCGCAGUUUGAUAGUUCUAACUGUAGCCGUGAAGAUGUUCAAAGUCCAGCAUAUUCUGAUAUCUCUGAUGAUACUGCACCAAUUCUUGAAGUUGAAAUGAAUGAUAAUGUAAAUAAACAAAAAUUAUCAGCCACUGAUAAAAAGUCUGAACCUAAUACAGCUCAUUCUCCUCAUCCAAUUCAGCCAUAUAAUAUUUACCCUUCUUAUUAUGGUCAACCACCUUAUUUAAUUUCUUCGGUACAACCAAAUGAGACAGCUAAACAAAUAAAAGAAGGUGAAAAAAUUAAUCAACAUUCACAAGAUUUGAAAAUGUCAUCUGGGGAUAAAGAUAUUAAAAAAGAUGUACAAUCAAAUCAAGCACCUGAUUAUCAGCAACAAAAGCUUUUACAACAGUAUUUUACUUAUGAUGCUUUUGUUCAAAAUUAUCCUUAUAAUAUCGGACAAGGAUAUCCAAUGUCAAUGGUCCAAGAUAAAGAAAUAAAGGUUGAAGAUAAAAAUCAUCAACCUACUAUGGCUGGUUCUUUGAGUGUUCCCCAGCCAAAAAUAAAAUCUGAUCAAAUAAUACCAAAGGAAAAGCCUUCCCAUCAAAAUGAACAUCAUCAAAUUAUGAAAGAAAGCAUUGAAAUGAAGUCACAAAUGAAUUCAGCUUACAUGUUUUCUCGGCAACAACAACAGCAACAACAGCAGCAACAACAACAACAUCAACAACACCAACAACAACAACAACAACAACAACAACAGCAGCAGCAAGACGAUGUAAGACGUUAUUAUGUUUAUCCAGAUCAGAGACGUAAAGAUCACAGCUCUGUAGAUCACUCGCAUACAAAAUCUAAUACACAAAGUACCCCAACCAAGCAUUCAAUGGCAGCCAACUCAAUACAUAAACAUAAAGAAAAACAUGAUGAUAAAAAAGAUGAAAAAAUGUGUAAAAGUUCUUCUCAUUUAUCAGAAGGAGUUAAACCUACAAUGGAAACGCAAGGCCCUCCUCCACCUCCUACAUCUUCAUAUGCAUAUAUACAUCCAGGAUAUAUGCAACCUCCUCAUUUUGCUGGCGCUUUAGCAUUUGAUCCCAUGUAUAGAAGUGCAAUGAAUCCAAUGUUAGUGCCAGGACCAUAUGGUAAUACUCCGCCACCAUCUUAUUUACACCCUCAAUUACAUGCACAAAUGCAACGGUAUCAUGCACCUGAAGAUCUCUCUCGACCAGCUGUUUCUACACAAUCAACAACUCCUUCUCAACCUCCAUCUGGGCCUAAGGCGGCUCUUGAUCUCUUACAACAUCACGCUAGUCAAUUUUAUUCUUCACAUAAAAUACAUGAAUUACAAGAACGUGCCAUUAAAUCUCCAACACCGAAACCAAAUGCACAAUCUGGUCUUACACCAGCUCAAUCACCAGGCACAAGACAAUCUCCUUCUUUAACCUCAACUGGCAUUGUACCGUCCACCGCUGAACGAACUACUUCUACUGGUCCUCCUUCAUCUACUCAAUCUACUGGUAAAUCUGGAUCAACUGGUGACCCAAAAGACUGUCGUUCGCCACCUCCUCAAAGACAUGUACAUACACACCAUCAUACACAUGUAGGUCUUGGAUAUCCAUUAUAUCCAGCACCUUAUACAGGAAAACCUUUAUAAUUAUAUGAGACUGGUUCUCUCUAAUGCGAUAAAUUAUAAUAUUUUGUAUUGUUAUAUCGUAAGAAAAUUAUUAAUUUUAUUAAUUUCACCCUUUUUUUGAUCUUUAAUAAGAUAACAUUUAAAUAUCCUAUUUGAAUUGUAUUUUUUUUUUAAAAAACUACUGUUUAAAUUACUGUUUUGCCUAAUUUGUUGAGUCCUUAUGGCUACUGGUUAAUGUAUUCUUCAGUUUAAAUGUAAAACAUUUUGCAUUAGAAGCAUACAAAUUUCUAUGCUUGAUGAUGUGUGCUUCCUUCUAGGUUUAAGGUUAACUCUAAGACAUGAUAAUGCCAUUAAACAGUAGCGUCCUUCUAUUGAUUUGUAUUUACACUUAAAUCAAAUUUUAAUUAUUUUUAUUAUCAAUUGAAUUAUGUUAACAAAAUUAUACACAAACCUACAACAAGAUUGUUAGAAGUUUGUUACAUCCAUACAUUACAUUUUAUAAUAUUUAUGUAAAUUGUGUUUCUGUAUGGACAAGUCUGAUCAAAGCUAAUGAAAUCUUAUUUUAGUUCAUUAGCUAAUCAUUUAAUUUUACUAUUAUUUUUAUUUUUAUUAAUAUUAUUUUCAUUAUUGAUUAUUAUAACUAUUAUUAUUAUUAUUAUUAUUAUUAUUAUUAUUAUUUUUAUUUUUAUAACAAUUAUAAUUUUUGUAAUAUUUAAAUUUAAAAAAAAAAAAAAAAAAUUGGGGAAAUGGUAAUCCACUGAUAGCCACAAAUAAUGCAACUAUUUUUAUUAUCAUUUGGUUUAUAUAUAUAUAUAUAUAUAUAUAUAUAUUAAUUUCUUCUACUUUAAAUUGAAUUUUGUUUAACAGUUUUCCAAUAUAUUUUUUUUUUUACUUAAUUACAAGGCUGUGAUAUCAAAUCAAGGUGAAAGAUUUGGUUUUAAAGUCUUUAGGGUCUACACGUUCUUAGAAAACUUAUUAUUUUUUUGUAAAUUGAUUUGUAAAUGUAUGCAAAUAUGUAUUUAUUUAUUCAACUUGUAAUCGUUUUAAUCAUUUUAUUGAUUUGAAUAAGGUACAUUUUAUAUGACAAUUGGUUAAGUGUAAAUAAAUCGAGAUGUGAAGAGUAAAUCACACAUUGUAAAAAUAAUAGGCUUUAUAAGUAUAGGCAAUCUUUAUAAAUGAUGAUAUUUUAUUUAUUAUAAAUACAUAUUUUAAAUGUAAAUAUUUUAUGUGGGAUUUUUGUACUUUAUAGUUGGAAAAUAUAUUUUAGUAUUUUUUGAUUAUUAGGUGAAUAAAUUUAUAUUAUUAUUACUGUACACUUAAUAUAUAGAAACCUAAUUAGUAUAUUUUUUUUAAUUACUUAUUAUUAAAAACUACAACAAUGUUGCUUUUUGUUUGUUGGUGGUAAAAGACUACACAUUGAAAAAGUAAAGAAAAAAUUUAUUUUAGAGAAUGACUUAAAUUAUUUUAUUCAGUAUUUACCUAACCAAUUCAAGUUGAGUUUUUUAAAGUAAAGAUCUUUAAAACAACUGUAUUAUCUGUAAUUAUUUACUGAAGUUUUAAUUGAGUUCAUAAAUUCAUGUUAAUAAUUUUUAUUUAUCUUGUUUUCUAACAAUAAGAAAUUCAACAUUUUUUUU